AUGCCCAUGAACAGAAAUGCUCGGAUGGUGGAGUGUGGAAUGGGUUCAAUGCCCAUGAUGGACUCAACGAGUGGUUUUCAAAAUGAGUUACAGGACGGGAAUCACGCGAUACUGAGAAUGGACACGGAUCGAUUUGAUAUGGACCCUGCAAACCGAAAUCAGAAUCGUAAUCGAGGCAAUUAUCGUUGUAGCAAGUGUGGUGAACCCAAGAAGGGCCAUGUAUGUCCAUUGGUACCGUCAAAUUUCAAAUGCAAUCGUUGUGGACUUUCAAGAAAAUCAUGUUCUUGUGUUGCGCCGGCGCUGCGUUCGAUUGGUGUCCAAGUGGAAAUGGACCAAGACAUGACCACACGCGAACUCGAUCUUAGUGUUCAGGGUGUCGAGGAAUUUCACAAAGCGACCGCAGGCUGUAGUACUCCCAAUAGUUCGUGA